UUGAUAAGUGUGAUAACAAGGCUGAUAAGAUACCACCUGCCACUCCCCUAUUGCUCUCCUUUCCCUCCUUCCCAAACACCAGAUUCCUGUGAGCUCUCUUUCAAUACACCAACAGUCAUUUCAACAUGUCCCACCACAGCAAGGCCUUCCUUACUGAGGCCAAAGAAUGCUAUUCAAUUUAUGGAAAAAGAGAUGGCAUCCCCAUAGCCGAACUUGGCAAUGCUCUGCGGUCUCUAGGCGUAAACCCAACCAAUACAGAACUCCAGAAUAUUAUUGCUGAUAUUGGCUCACCAGCAUCUGUUAGCUAUGACAUGUUUAUGAGCCUACUGAACAGAGAUCUACCCCCUGCUGAUUCCCCAGAAGAGAUCAGAGAAGCUUUUGGUGUAUUUGACAAGGAUGGAAAUGGAUGCAUCUCAGCUACUGAACUAAAGCAUGUCCUCAUGACCAUGGGGGACAAACUCACUCAAGAAGAAGUGGACAUCAUGAUCCGCGAGGCAGACAUUGACGGCGCCGGGCAAAUACAUUACGAACAGUUUGUCCGGAUGAUGGCACCAAAGUAAUGCAGCUACAGCAUGAAUCUGAGUCAAAAUGUGAUAUAUGUAUAACGGCUGAAAUGCAGCAAAGAAUUGAAGGCAGAGAGGGGAAGAGACAGGACUGACCAUUGUCAUGGAGUGAAAUAAUAAUGGCCAAUGAUGAUAACGAAGGCCAUCACUACUGUAUGUAUUCAACCUAAUUUCUAAAGCUUUGAUUACAGCAUUAUGCUGUUUUAAAUGAUAUUAAGCUGAAUUAGUAUCUUGUUAUGUUUAAUCAAAUCAGCGAUAGCAGUCAAUUUAAAUUUAUACACCUUUUUACCUUUGUUAACAGGUGAGAAUUUUGCUGUUUGCAUGUACUUAAUAUCCAUGACUCUAAUUUCUGUCCAUAGUAUCUUCAACACUCAUCAUGUUACUCAGCAACUUCCAGAUCCAGUAGUCUUUCUACAUACAGUCAUGCAUCAACAAACAUCCACCUUAGGCCCCUCAUUUUUAAUGUGACCACCUUACUCAUGCAUCAGACCUACCAGCAUUCCACCCUCUCAGGCUUAUGUUAGCUAACUUCCCUGUCCUCCUCUCCAUAAGAAUACAUAUACAUUUAUCAUUUAAUUACAUAAUAUUUUGUACCAGUCUCUCCUUAUACCAUUUAUGUUUUUCAGUAAUCAUGCAUUGACACACCAAUUUCUACAUGGUGCUGUCCACCAGGCCCCCACUUUUCUAUUCUCAUCCCAUCACAAAACAGUAACUCUACAUUAAUCUAUUGGUGUGAGGUGCAAUUUCAAGUGAACAAAACUCAGUCCCUGUUCUGCUGCAUUUACAAUUUUGCUUGAACUAACAAUGAGUAUUCUGGCAAAUGUUAUUGUUUCUACAGUAUUAAACUUGUCUGUGUACAGAUACAUUACAUGUUUAAACCUAAUAUAUUUAUGCCGCAUC